AUGUGUGAACGUGUCGAGGAGGAAGCUUGUGAGUAUUUGCUGGAUGAGAGCGAACGACGGCCAGUCAUCUUAUUGGUGAUUGGCAUGAACCUUCGCUUUGUCGAUUGCACGAAAGCCUGGGCGACGGUUGUGAGCAGUGCGAGCUCUGGGUUUUCUUUGGCUAUGUAUGACCCGAGGUUCAUCAGGAUGGCAGUCCGAGAAAGGUGA